AUGGGUCAUAGAAUCUUAGAACUCUACAGUGGUAUUGGAGGCAUGCACUGUGCUUGGAACGAUUCUGGGCUGGAUGGUAAAAUAGUAGCCGCAAUAGACAUAAACACAGUUGCAAAUAAAGUCUAUCGAAUAAAUUUUUCAGACACCGUUCUAAUAUGUAAAAAUAUUCAAUCAUUAACAGUCCCUGAAAUAAAAAAACUUGCUGUUGAUACAAUUUUAAUGUCACCACCCUGUCAACCUUUUACAAGAAAUGGUAAAUUCCUUGACGAUAGUGAUCCAAGAACCAAUUCCUUUCUUUACAUCAUUAACAUUUUAGAAGAAUUAGAAAAUAUUGAAUAUAUUUUGAUGGAGAAUGUAAAAGGGUUUGAAUGUUCAACAGUCAGAAAUUUGUUUAUUAAUAAACUUAAAGAGUGCAAAUUUCACUAUCAAGAAUUUCUUUUAUGCCCUAGUAAAUUUGGAGUACCAAAUUCUAGAUUAAGAUACUACUGUAUAGCUAGAAAAACACCAUCGCCAUGGAGUUUUAAGUGUGACAAUGAAUUGAUGUCGGCACUUCCUUUAUGUCCAAAAUUGGAACCUUUUCCACUGCAAGAUAUUAUUGUGGAAGAUAUAGAUGACACAUUUUAUUUAAAUGACAAAGUUUUGAAAUGGGGCAAGGUUCUAGAUAUAUGCUAUAAAGAUUCAAGAAGGUCAUGUUGCUUCACAAAAGCAUACACUCAUUAUGUUGAUGGAACAGGAUCAGUUUUUACUGAAAAAAGUCAAGAUGAAGUCAAAAGCUGUUAUUCUGAAGCUAAUUUGUUUGAACUAGGUAGUAAAGAGUACAUCCACAAGCUACAAGAGCUGAAAUUGAGGUACUUCACCCCAAAGGAAGUCUCUGCUCUUAUGAUGUUUCCUAAGGAAUAUUCUUUUCCAAAUAGCAUUACCGUAAAACAGUGUUACAGAUUAUUAGGGAACAGUGUGAAUGUUAGAGUCAUAGGUGAAUUAUUAAAAAUUUUGUUUUCAAAAUAA